AUGAUGAAGUUUAUUUCUGAGCCGUACCUAUCCCGUAUCAGCAAAUUGAAGUUGAUCUCUGACCGUAUCACUAUGCUCCAGCGAAUGGACUCGGACUUCGACUACAAAGUGAAAUCAACGAUGAUUAAGCUGAAAUCAGAAUCUUUCUUGUCAGCCAUGGAGGACGAGUUUUGCAGGGCAGGCAAAGAAGAUUCCGUGGAGAUGGAGGAGAAGAGAUUCACUGCUUAUCAUCUCUACUGGGAACGUAUAUGGGGCAAGGAUGGCCACAGCUUCGAAAAUCAGACGAUAUUGAGCCCCAUGCAAUUUACACAUUGCACACCACGCCACAUUCCAAUUGAAGCUGUCGCAGGGAGUACCUUGCAGAUCUACUCCAUCAAAGUCUCACUAGUAGAACCCCAAAAGUUGCCACUGGAGGUGUAUGGAGUGGUCGCAGUCCGUGAUGCUGUGGACCGUCAUCGCAACCCUCUAUUCCUCCGUUCAAGACAGCACUGCCAAAUCCUUGAAGAAAAUGAUUCUUUAUUGCACUUGACUGGCCUGGUUCGUGCAAUUGUCUCGACGGAUACUGUUUACAUCGAAAUCCAAUUAAUAGUGAAGGGCGCAACAAAAUCUGAAGAUACAGCAUUGAUCAGUACAUUUGGCUUUUACAAUGCUGAUAAUUCCUGUACCUAUCUCGCUAAAAACGCCUUGUGCACAGUGGAGCUGUGCUGUGAGCAACUUAAACAGUCGGUCCAGGCUACUAUCCUCAGUGUGGCUGUUACACCCAAACAGGAAUCAUUGCUUUUUCAUGGUGGCAGAGUUGUUUGCUAUUCAGUGCCUGAGGAUGGUAAUGAAGAUAUCGCUGCGCAAGUAUCAUCUAGGCAAGUUUUGCUGCUUGAUUCGAAAGGUGGAAGAAUGCCUAUGGCAAGCAAUGACUACCUUUAUCUGACAAGACAUGUAGUUUCUGUGGAAUUAAAUGGAAAGCUGCUAGUCCUCAUAAUGGCCGGUUCACCAUCACAGACUGAGAUUACUGCUCAAUUCCUCCUUAAACCCGAAAAAUACAACACAAGUAAAUGCGAAUUUCCCCUUGCUGAUGGCUCUAAGGCUGAGAUUACUGUUGCUUGGUCCCUUGUUCCCUUGACGAUGCCACAGUCAGGUGACAGUCGUGAGGACAGUGGAAUGGCGACUGCAGGAAAUUCGAAGGGAAGGAGCGGCGAGUCCAUGUUAAGCGAGGAGCUCUGUCAAGCUGCCAUCUUCAUGCAGAAGAGUAUCUGCUGGACCCGGGCCCUGGAGAAGAAGAUGGGGAAGUUUGGACACUACGGCUCCGAGGAAUACAAGAACCUUCUAGGGUUGAAAUCAGUUAUGUAUGAGUUGUCGAAUAAGAUCUUCGGUCGGGUCGACUGUGAGGCCCAGAAGAGGAUCAGCACGAUGCAGAAUGCCUGUUGGAUCAGCAAUAAAGGGAAAUUGACCGAUACCCAGACAAAAAUUGGCGACGACAUAGAGAUGGAAACCGGAGGGAAGUCGUCAAAGGGAAGGAGUGGCGAGUUUGAAUUGGUGAGGAUUGGCAACGAAGGCAGAACGGUGCAGACACAGAGCAAGAUUGGUGAUGGUUGCAAAUCAGUCUCCAAGCAGUUCAAUGAGCAGGAGCAGUUCAAGGAGCUGCCAGUCAGUAACUUGAUGUCCGUAGCCGAGUCUGUCAGAAAUAAGAUUGAGAAGAAGCAGGCUGAGACCAUGACGGAGGAGGUUGUGCCGAGGGUAAGCUUCAAAUUAGGUUUGCUCCCCUGGCAGUUUGAUGAGCUGUGGGACAAGAUGAGCCUGCUAGUCUCAACAGAACCAAAAUUUCUAGCGAUAUGCAUGCUUAUUAGAGAGCCCUUCGCACGCUAUUGCUCCACAUUGAAGUUUAUCUCUGAAGUUUUCAACCGGCUUGGUGAAUGGGUGCCAGAUUUCGGAGAGCAAAUAGAAUCGAUGAGGCAAGAUGAUGAGGACAAGAAUAUGGGUGGAAAAGUUGUGAAUCCGCAUGAGGCGGCAAAGGCGGCUGAGGAGUACUAUUUCAAUGUCUACCGUAGAGGCUGGGAACGUAGGAACAGCAACUUUGGCAGCUUCGAAGACCCAACGUUAUUGAGCCCCAUGUUCUUUACCCGAAGCUUACCAGGCCACACCCAAGUGGGUACUGAAGUCGGGAGGACCAUGCAGGUCUACUAUAUUAAAGUUGCAGAAAGAGAAGGCUAUGCCCUUGAGUGGCCGCUGAAGGUAUACGGUGUAGUCGCUGCACGAGAUGUAGUGGACUAUCGUCGCAACAUUCUCUUCCUUCGCACGAGGGAUGACUGCCAAAUCCUCAGAAGACAGGAUCCUUUUUUGCACUUGACUGGCCCUUCUCGUGCAAUUAUGUCUGGCGGCAUAAUGGAACCCACAGUUACGAUUGAAGUCCACCUAAAACUUAAGGGCAUGCUGGAGUCUAAAGAUAGAACAUUGAUCAGUAAAGCCUUUUUUUAUGAUGAAAAAGAUCUUGAUAGUGGUGAUAUUAUUUCCACCCGUGUCCUUCGUGGCCUUUGUGAAAUAGAGUUAUGCUGUGAGCAGCUUGAACAUUCACACCAAGCCACUAUCCUCGGUGUUCGUGUUGUACGGGGCUCAUUGCCUUGUGGCAAUGGCAUCAAGAUCGUUUGCUCCGCACUACCUGAGGACAAAACCAAAGGCGGUGGUAAGCGCCCAUCUGGGUGUAUUUUGCUGCUUGAUUCACAAGCUGGAGAUAUGCCUGUGGGUGAAGAGGGUUAUCUAGAUCUGUCGAGGCAAGUUGUAUCUGUAAAAUCAAGAGGAAGGCUCGAAAUUCUCAUGAAGGCUGGAGAAAUCAGUGGAAGUGUCGUCUUCCCAACCAAAUUCAGCAACAUAAGUCGAGAAAGUUGUGAGCUUGGUAGUUGUGAAGUGGAGAUAACUGUUGCUUGGUCCUUGCUCAUUGAAAACCAGUAUGAUAUCUCGGUGAUGGGAGCCAUACAGCCUUAUGCAUGGGAAUCAAUUCCACGUAGGCCUACCAUGAAGCUUGUUGGCGCUUGCUGA